GCCCCAGGCUCGUUCGCUUUUCCCAGAAGCGUGUUCCCUGCGCGAUCCCGUCCCAGAUCUGCCGAAGGGGGCGCGCCGGCGGCGCACCGUGACCGAUGGCUCCCCUCCCUUUCCUCCUCCCCCUCCCCUUCCUGGGCGCCUCAGUCUCCCGGCUCCUGCCGCGGCUCUUAGGACGGGGAUCCGCCGCCGCCGCCGCCAUGUCUACUGCCAAGACCCUCAAAUCCGUGGACUACGAGGUGUUCGGCAGAGUGCAGGGUGUCUGCUUCAGAAUGUACACAGAAGGUGAAGCUAAGAAGGUGGGAGUUGUUGGCUGGGUUAAAAAUACCAGCCAAGGAACAGUAAAAGGCCAAGUUCAAGGUCCUGAAGAUAAAGUCAACUCCAUGAAGACCUGGCUAAGCAAAGUUGGGAGCCCCAGUUCUCGUAUUGAUCGGGCUGACUUUUCCAAUGAAAAGACCAUCUCUGAACUUGAUUACACUAAUUUUAGCAUUAAAUACUAGUGGAAAAAGAAGUUCUUAGAAUAAAAUUAUAAUGCUUACGUGCCAUAAUAGAUUCCAUAAAUCCAUAAAAGGGAAUAAUAGUACUUUGUAUUUCCAUUUAAACAAUGGAAAUUUGUUCUUAAAAAAGUUAAACUAUGAUGUUACUAAAAAUGCCUGGCACUGAAAUAAUUUAACUUGAAUCUUUUUUUGAAAUUAAAAGAAUGAAAGUAGAAUUGUAAAAUAAGAAAAUAUCAGUAUAAAAUGUAUAGUAUGAGUAUCCAGUUUAGCCUACAAGGCCUUAGAGUUGAAUGAACAUGACCAUGUGAAUAUUGUUUCACUAUUCAGUGCAUAAUAAAGUUAGCUGCUUAAAAAUGAAA